GGUUCAUGAUGACAUAAGCUGAGAUUGGAGGCUUUUCAUGGUAUUGAUAAUUGAAUCUGAGAAGCUAGCUGUGUCUUAUUCUGCAUCCAAUCCAGGACCAGGUUGGAAUUGGAAGCUCUUUUUUCUAUCUCUAUUUUCUACUCUUUUUCACACAACCAGCCAUUGCUUUCAACUUCCAUUCACCAUAACCAAACUAGUACCUUCAUCACACAUCUCUCUUUUUCUCUCUCUCUCUCUGUCCCCUACCACUCCACUAUAAUAUUUUUUUUAUCUCAAGCGGUGGAACACUCCUCUCCACCACCAUCCGUCUUCUUCUUCUUCUUCUACAGACCAUGUAUAGUAUUUGAUUGCUUGUGAUUCUGUGUUCACCAUGUUCUUUGUGAUGUGGUGAAUUGAAGCGUUUGCUUCUUCUUCUCUGAUGGUGUUUCAGUCUCAUUCUGGAUCAUUGAGCUGGUUCUCUUAAUGCCAAGAUAAAAAAGAAAAGGUAGAUGAUGCAGGGAAGCUCGAGAAUUGCAAAUAAAACUGGAAAAGCCUCAAGCAGAGAAAGAAAAUUGGCUUUGAAACAAGAUGUGGAUAGGUUGAAGAAGAAGCUUAGGCAUGAAGAGAAUAUUCAUAGAGCAUUGGAGAGGGCUUUCAACAGGCCAUUGGGAGCUUUACCUCGUCUUCCUCCAUAUCUUCCUCCAUACAUACUAGCUCUUCUGGCUGAAGUGGCGGUUCUGGAAGAGGAAAUUGUUAGGCUUGAAGAGAAGAUUGUGCAUUUCAGGCAGGAUUUGUACCAGGAAGCUGUCUACAUGUCAUAUUCUAUGAGGAAACUUGAACAUUCAGUUUCAGCUCCUCCAAACAAGUCAAACUCAACAAUGGACAGUCCCAAGUUGGAGAAAUUGAAGUUUCAAUCCCAAACAGUUGGUAAUUCUGCAGCAUCAUCUGCAACUAUGCCUACCACAACUCUCACAGAGGAUAAGGAGAAUCAAUCCUGUAGUAAUUCUUCCAAGAGCAGGAAUCAAUCAUCCAACCAUAUGAACAAAUAUCCAAUUAGAAAACUUCACAAUAAAUCCCCACAGAAAAGGUUGGAUCAUCCAAAAAUAAAGCAAGAACCAAGGUUGAACAGCCAGCAAAUUGGAGAUUUGAGAAACCAUAGUACACAUAAAAGUUCACCAGAAGCUGAGAGACCAAAUAUAAUUUCAGAAAAUAUUGUGAAGUGCUUAUCAAGCAUUCUCUUGAGAAUGAGUGCUGUGAAGAAUCCAGGUUCUGCAUGUGACAUUCCACACCUGUGUGAUCUAAGACCUAAAAACUGUGAUGAAGGAACAGAGUUUGUGGAUCCAUACGGCAUCUGUUUGGAAUUCGGGAAGAGGGAUAUCGGUCCAUACAAGCAAUUAUGUGAAAUUGAUGCUAAAUCUUUCAAUCCAAAACGAACUGCAAAUACUUUGUUUUUACAGCAUCGUUUGAAACUUCUUUUCAGGAAACUAGAAUCUGUCAACCUAGAAAACCUCAACCAUCAGGAGAAGCUCGCAUUCUGGAUAAACAUCUACAACUCCUGUAUGAUGAAUGCAUUUAUAGAAAAUGGCAUACCAGAAAGUCCUGAAAUGGCUGUUGCACUGAUGAGGAAGGCAACAAUAAAUGUGGGUGGACAUGUGCUAAGUGCAACAACCAUAGAGCACUUCAUUCUUAGACUUCCUUAUCAUUGGAGAUUUACAUUUUCCAAGGGAACAAAAAAUCAUGAAAUGACAGUAAGAAGCAUGUAUGGACUGGAACUGUCAGAACCCCUUGUUACAUUUGCUCUCUCCUGUGGAACCUGGUCCUCUCCUGCUGUGAGAGUUUACACAGCAUCUCAGGUUGAGAAUGAACUGGAAGUGGCCAAAAGAGAGUUCUUACAUGCAGCAAUUGGAUUUUCAACUUCAAAGUUUGCUCUCCCUAAGCUGCUGGAUUGGUAUUUACUGAACUUUGCAAAAGACUUGGAAUCAUUGCUGGACUGGAUCUGCCUCCAGUUACCAAGUGAACUUGGGAAACAAGCCAUAAAACUGCUAGAGGAAAGAAAAACUCAGCCCCUCUCACAGUUUGUACAAAUAAUGCCAUAUGAGUUCAGCUUUAGAUACUUGAUAUGCACAUAAUUUCACUUCAGUUCCAUGUACAUUGCUUCACUGCAACUCUGUAUACAACUGUAGAUCAUACAUACAGACAAUGUAGAUGACAAUCUGUUCUCAACCCCUUUGGGAAGAAAUGAUCAGAUUCCUUCUUAACUAAAGUGAAUAAAACAAUCACUGUAUAAGCUAUGGAAUUUGAACUAUGCAAA